AUGAGCGAAAGCGACAAUUCUUGUGCGCACAACACGGAAGUAGCUCCACUGAAAGAAGAUGACCAAGACUCGAUUCCCCUGGACGAUAGUCGCUGGUCCAGCCUUUCGCGCCUCUCUUCACAGCGGGGGAUCCAAAUAUGGCCUUUUGUCUUUUCAAGAGACACUCCUCCAUUACGUGACGCGCUGAAAAACGAUCCAACCUACUGGGGUGAGGCCCAGAGCGAACAGGACGCAACGGACUGGCUUCAAGACAUAAGCAAGAAUACUCACGCAUUUGUAUGGGCAGUUUAUAGCCUACCUGUUGCAAGCCAUGUGGCCACUGAUGUAACUGUCUCUGAUAGUGCUUAUGUCUUUACGGGUACGGUGACAGUGUACGUGGACAGAUUGAAUGCAACAAAGUGUCACUUUGGGAUGUCAAUACGGGAAGCAUUCCGGAGAGAGAAAAUUGCCACUCAGGUGGUAUACUUGAUGUUGAAUUAUCUAUUCCACCUAUCUACCGGUACAGGGGGGCCAGGGGGACUGAACACAGGUUCUAGCUCUGCUGUGCUACUCCCUGUUUUUGAACUUCCAAUGGCCGAAGUAUUCUGGGAGACACAAAGCACCAAUUCCAUCUCUAUACAUGCGGCAAUAUCAUGGGGCUUUGUAGAAGUGCGUCAUUUCUUCUCAGAGGGUCAGGUAUGGCGGGAAUACGUGAUGACAGAGCAAAGUUGGAAGGCCGGGAAGCAGUAUCACAUGGCUUCUCGACUGAGCGGAAUAGCGAGUCAAUCGUUGAAGAACCUAGAGGUGUGA